AUGGAUAAAUUAUUAUAAAGAGAAAUUCGGAAUCAUUUCUAAAAUGAGAAUUAUAAGGCUGAUGUCAUUGAUAUGAUUGAGAAGGACGAAGAAUUAAUAAAGAAAUGCUAUGAUAAGAUGGAUGAUUGGCAAUCAUAAACUGAAGAAGAUUUUCUAAAAAAGAAACUGCAAAUGCUUGGCUUAUGUGAAAAGAAGGGAUUGGAUGGACAAGUGAUGCUAUACCCAACAAUAAAGAAACAAAGAGUGUUAAACAGAGAUGAAUUCAAAGGGAUGGUCGAUAGAUUAUAUAAAGUGAAGAAGAUGUCAGAUAAUGAUUUUGUUCAUCUCAAUCAAACUGCCAGAAAAUAGAUUCAACAAAUGAAGGCCAAACAACAGAUGAUUUAAAAAUAAAAGAACAAAAACACUAAACAAGAGUCAUUCUUCGAUAUGAUAUCAGAUUCAUCUGAAGAUCAAGUUGAAUGA